CACACCCUGAAGCGUUGGUUUCUUGUCCUUAUGGAAGAAAGUUGAUGCAGAGCAAACCUUACCAGGAAAACGUCUGCGCCAUUGUUGUGGAUGAAGCCCAUUGCAUUUUACAGUGGGGUCAACAUUUCAGAGUCGAUUAUGGCAAUUUGUCUGUGUUAUGUGCAACGUUUUCAAGUGUACCAGUUGUUGCCAUGACUGCUACAGCGAGUAAAAGUGAUAGAGAAUCUAUUAAAAAAUCAUUGGGCCUUAAAGAAUGUACCGAAGUCAUUGGUAAUCCUGACCGGAGAAACAUUACCUACAAAAAACAUUUCAGAGGUCAACCAGAUGUGGACUCAAUAAUAAACAUUCUUACUCCAAUUGCACAGGACUUGUUGAAGGCACAGAAAAACUAUCCUUUGACAAUUAUAUACAUCCCAUUGAAGUGGUGUGGGUUUGCUUACAAAUUGUUUGAGUCUGUUUUGGGAAGCAGUCAGUAUUUUCCAAAAGGAUCAGCACCAGUGCCAGAGAAUAGACUGUUUGCUCUAUUUCAUUCACCACAAACACAGGAAAUGAAAGAUGAAGUUCUUAAGCAAUUGUGUUCUCCUGAAAGUACUGUAAGGGUGGUAUUUUGCCACAGUUGCUCUUGGGAUGGGAGUCGAUAUUAA